AGCCUCCCUGUGGGGGGAGGUUGGAGAGAGAGACACAGAGAGACAGAGACAGGAAGAGAGAAUUCAGUUGCCUUUGGUUUUCCAAAGCGGGCAGCUUGGGGGUUUGUGUGUGCGCGUUGUUUUCUUUCCUCCGCUCAGGCAGGGAGGCCAGGCCUCCCCUGGAUAAUCCAAGGACUCAGAGGCGAGGCAGGCAAGCCAGUGCGGACAAGAGUGAGGAGGCAGGAAGGGAAGGGGGAGGAAGGGAGGUGAGGGGUGUCUGGGGCGGGAGCCUGAGGCGGUGGGAGGAAGCAGAGCAGCUGUGGUACUCGGAGCAAGUACAAAUAGCCGCCUGGACGGAGCUCUGGCCAAACAGGGCUUCGCAGCUGCAGCGGCUGUGCAGGCGGGACUGGCCACUGUUGGCCACGGUGGGUGCAAACUGGGCAGGGAGACAGGCGGUGGACAGGCACGGCCCCUGGGCUCUGACCUGACACCCCUCGCCACCACAUCUCUGGAUGCCUUCUCGGCCAGCCAUGCUGCUGAGUGGCCUCCUCCUCAUCGUGGCCACCAUGACUGUGGCCCAGCGGAGGGGGCAGGAGGCCGGCGGGCGCCGCCGGGCACACCGAGUCCAGCAUGGCCAGUGCAGCUACACCUUCGUGCUGCCCGAGCCUGAGCCCUGCCCGCCCGAGCCCGAGGCCUUCGGGGGCUCCAACAGCCUCCAGAGGGACUCCCCGGCAGCCGCACUGAACCUAGGGGACUGGCCGACCCAGCGGGUACGACAGCUGGAAAAAAUGCUAGAGAACAACACACAGUGGCUGCAGAAGCUAGAAAGGUACAUCCAGAUGAACCUGAGGUUGGAGCUGGCGCAGGCCCAGCAGCACAUGGUCCAGAACCAGACAGCCACCAUGCUGGAGCUGGGCACCAGUCUCCUGAACCAGACCACCGCCCAGACCCGCAAGCUGACCGACGUGGAGGCUCAGGUCCUGAACCAGACAUCGAGAAUGGAGGUCCAGCUUCUGGAGACGUCACUGUCCGCCAACAAGCUGGAGAAGCAACUGCUGCUGCAGGGCCAUGAGCUCCACCGGCUGCAGGGCCACAGCAGCGCGCUGGAGACGCGGGUGCAGGCCCUGGAGACGCAGCAGCAGGCGGAGCUGGCCAGCCUCCGCGGCGAGAAGGAGCGGCUGCGGCGCCUGCUGGGCCGCCAGAGCGGCGCCCUCGCCGGCCUUGAGCGCAGCCUGCGCGCCGCCAGCAGCAACUCCAGCCUCCUGCAGCGCCAGCAGAGCCAGCUGCUGGAGUCGGUGCAGCGCCUGGUGCGCGUCGUGGCCCAGGGCCCGGCCUCCAUGAGGGCAGCUGAGCAGGUGUUCCAGGACUGUGCAGAGAUCCAGCGCUCCGGAGCCAAUGCCAGUGGCAUCUACACCAUCCAUGUGGCCAAUGUGACAGAGCCCAGAAAGGUAUUCUGUGACAUGGAGGCCAGUGGAGGUGGGUGGACCCUCAUCCAGCGCCGUGAGAAUGGCAGCAUGAAUUUCCAACGGAACUGGAAGGAUUACAAACAGGGCUUUGGCAACCCAGCCGGGGAGCACUGGUUAGGUAACGAGGUGGUGCACCAGCUCACCAGCAGGGCAGCGUACUCUCUGCGCGUGGAGCUGCAAGAUUGGGAAGGCAACGAGGCCUACGCCCAGUAUGAGCAUUUCCAGCUGGGCAGCGAGGGGCAGCUGUACAGGCUUUCCCUGAGUGGGUACAGCGGCUCGGCGGGGCGCCAGAGCAGCCUGGUCCUGCAGGGCACCAACUUCAGCACCCGCGACGCAGACAACGACAACUGCCUCUGCAAGUGCGCCCAGAUGCUGUCCGGAGGAUGGUGGUUUGAUGCCUGCGGCCUCUCAAACCUCAAUGGCAUCUACUACCCGGCCCGCCACCACGUGCGCAAGCUCAACGGCAUCCGCUGGCACUACUUCCAAGGCCCCAGCUACUCACUGCGUUCUACUCGCAUGAUGGUGCGUCCCACAGACAUCUAAGGAGCAGCCACGCCUGGAGGCUGGUCCCGCAUGAGGACCUGGAUGUGGUAUCCUCUGAACAAGCUGGACCCAAACACAGGACACGAUGCCAGGACCUUGUCCUGGAUACCCUGGGUCCCCUGAGCCAGCCCUCCUUACCCCAGGAGUCCAGAAGAGCCACCUCCCUCCCUUUUUCCCUCAAGUUGUGAAAUGGUGGGUGUUUGGGGGUUCCUGCCUCUUCAUUGUCCCUAUUUCCUCUUCUCUCCUGCCUCCUGCAGGGCCCUCCGGCCAGCUUGAGGGUCGCAGUACCCUGGAUGAGCUGAGAACAGAUUUAACUGGGCUCCUCAAAGGAAUACACGGCUAGUGGUGGGAUGUGAGGCAGGCAGGAAGGUAUUUACAGGGAAACUGCCCAGAUGGAGGCCCAGAGUCUGUCCCUGGGUUGUUGGGAAGGCCAUCUCUUGUUCCAAGCUUUCUCAGCCUUGAGAUGUCCUUGAACUUUCUGUUCAGGACUGAAGGAGCUGCAUCCACCCUAUAACGGGAGUUAUUUCCACCCACAUUGUCCACCACUCCUAGGCCCCAGCAUCUAAAGCUCAGAUGUGGUUUCUCAGGGGCUCCAGAAGAUCUAAGAGGGAUUCCUUUACCCCUUGAAUGUCCUAGAAUAUAUUCCAGAGAGAAUAACUAGGACUCCCUUCUAAAAGUACCUGUGGUCAAGUGAGGGAGGGAAACACCAGGUUAAAUCAACGUGAACCGGCAUUCUUAGCUGCAGGCCUUGUCAGGGCCAUUAGUGUGGUCAUGUGCUUAGUGACUGCCCAUGAAAGGGCUAGAGUAGGCAGCUUUCCCCAAAUUUAUUUAUUUGAAAAUGGGCCCUGAUUAUCCCAGAGCAUCUCUCAGGGCUACGGAUACCCUUGGAAAAAAGCUGGUCCUCGUAUGUCAUGAGCUGAAACCCCAGGUCACUAUCCCCACCCCCAGCUGCUUUCACCAUUUCUAGCUACGAGGGCCACAGUGACAUUCUCAGCCUCUAGAAACAACUGGAAGGAAUCUUUGGGUUAAAACAGAUACACCGUCGCUGAAGAAGGGUCUAGAACUAAGUUUCCUGUCUGUGCUCCAGGGCUUCUCUGUCCGUAGGAAGCCAGAUCUCUGUCUGGGGGCUGCCCUCAGCACUCCCUGUGACCCCAGCUCAAGUUCAGGGGCUCUUGGGGCCCACUCUGCCUCGAACAGGACACCAAUCGCUGGGUCCAGAUCCCUCCUGCCUCCAAGGCAGAGCCCCUAGCCUCCUCUUGCCUUGUCCAACAGCGAUGCUGCAGCUAGGGCUCCAUGGAGACUGGGCCUUUGCUGAGUCUGGGAGACCACGGGCUUCUCAUGAACUUUUUUCAGAGAGGGGCCACAGCCACUCUGCCACCCAGUCCCAUUACUGUGUCACCCUCCUCAGACCUGAUGAGGCCACCAAAGUCCUGUCAUCCUCAGCCAACACCCGGACCCAGCCCACGACCGACCUGCCCUACCUCCAGGUUGCACCUCUGUCUUCAGAAGGCUUUCUCCUGGAUGGGGCUGCACGGUGGAAAUGGGGCACCUUCAUCCCACUGGGCUCUGCCCCCGCCCCUGGGUCCCACCUCGGCCAAUCCACUGAUUAAACCCAGCACAGAUCAAUGCUGAUCUCCUUCAGGGAAACCAAAGGAUGUGGUUGCUAAUGGUGACUUCAGGCAGGAGGGAAAAGUACUUAGGGGCAGGUGGCUGCCCAGAAGGCUGACACCGCCCUAUCCAGCAUUUGCUCGGCCAGCCUUUAUUUAGUGUCUACGGUGUGCAGUGUGGUGCUGUUGGCAGGACUUAGGAGUCAGACAGCCCUGCUGCAGCUCUUGAACUUGAAGCCAGUGGCUCAGCCUCUCAAGGCCUCAAUCAUCUGGUCUGUGAAAUGGAGAUGGUGGUAUUCCGUCCUUGCUGUGAUGGGACAGGAGGAAAUGAGACCUUGUAUUGCAACUUCUUAACAGAGCCUGGCAUGAAACAGGUGCCUAAUAAAUGUUAGUUCCCAAAGAGGUGCAUGGGGUGGAGAAAUCGGCCCCCUAGUGCAUGCCACCCCUUCUUCUGGACCCAGGGAAGGUAAGCAUUUUAUUUUUGUAUCUACAGCAUUUAUUUUUGUACUACAAGUGUAUAGGCAAUGCUGUGUGCCCCAGGAACAGAACUCCUCUGGGUGGGAUGAAGCCCCAAAUCCCUGUCUGCACUCCAGUUGUCUAAGAAGACCAAGAAGCCGAUUUGGGUAACGCUCACACAUCUGUUCUUUAAAAUAUUCAUCCUUCCUUCUUACUUUCCUUCCUUCUCUGUGCCAGGACUCUCAAGUGCAAGGGAUAGAAACCUUAUCCUGAGGAAUGGAUUGACUCACAUACAGGGAGUCUAGGGAUGGAUUCAGAUGUGG